AUGGGAUGUUUAAUUACAUCUGAAUAACUCAAUCAGUAGAUAACCAUGAUGAUGAAGUCUAUACUCAAUACGGAAUACUGAGAAAAAAGUAGCAAAUCAAAGUGCAUCUUAUUGUAGAUGAAUAUAAAAAAGUUAAAAUAAUUAGAAAGUAAAUCAAAUUUAAAUCAGAUGUCAAGAAUGCCCUGCAAGAGUAACUAACAAAGAUUAAAACAGUAACUCCUCAAAAGUUGUCAAUAGCAUAUUGA